CAAACACCUUUGAGCUCCUCGUCUCUCACUCACUGCUUCGAAAUCUGGAAAAAAAGACUCACGCUUUUUCCUCUCCGAAGUAUCCUUCUUCAUCCUCAGACCGAAUAUUCCACAUUUCGAAAACCUUUAGGGUUUUCUCUUCGACUUCUCAUGGAGAAUCGAACUCUUAUUUUACUACUAUCCUUCUGCCUCUUCGCAGAAGCUUCACUUUCCCUCACAUUGUCGUCGAAGCUCGUCCACCGCUUCUCGGAGGAGGCCAUGGCGGUUUGGGAGUCCAGAAGCGGCGGAAACGCGUCCCUGAAGACAUGGCCUAAGAGGAACAGCUUCAACUACUUUCAGCUUCUUCUGAAAAGCGAUCUAAAGCGGCACAGACUGAAGCUGGGGUCGAAACGCGAUCUUCUGAUUCCUUCUCAAGGAAGCCAGACAUUGUUCUUCGGAAACGAGCUUGAUUGGUUGCAUUAUGCUUGGAUUGACAUAGGGACACCGAAUGUUUCGUUUAUGGUUGCAUUGGAUGGUGGGAGCGAUUUGCUUUGGGUUCCAUGUGAUUGCAUACAAUGUGCCCCUCUGUCUGCCUCCAAUUAUGAUUCUUUGGAUAGGGAUCUGAAUCAGUAUAGACCAUCUUUAUCAAGUACCAGCAAACAACUGAGUUGCAGCCAUCAGUUAUGCAAAUCGAGCACGAAUUGCAAAGGUCCAGCAGAACCUUGCCCUUACAUUGUUCAGUACAAGUCAGAAAAUACUGCAAGCUCUGGAUUUCUGAUUGAGGAUGUUUUACAUUUGACAUCUGCCAGCAAAAAUACAGCACCUAGUUCUGUGCAGGCUCCAGUCAUCGUUGGCUGUGGUAGGAAACAAACUGGUGGCUAUUUGGAAGGAGCUGCUCCUGAUGGUGUCAUGGGUUUGGGACCUGGGGAGAUUUCGGUUCCGAGCGUACUUGCAAAAGCAGGAAUGAUCCAGAAUUCAUUUUCACUUUGUUUUGAUGCCAAUGGUUCGGGGAGAAUUCUCUUUGGUGACCAAGGACAUCUUGCCCAACAAUCUACUCCUUUCUUGCCUAUGGAAGAAAAGUAUGUUGCGUAUUCUGUUGGAGUAGAGCAAUGUUGUGUUGCGCGUUCCUGUCUGAAGCAAACUGGAUUCCAAGCUCUGGUUGACAGCGGCUCAUCUUUUACUUAUGUUCCAACUGAAGUUUAUGAAAAAAUUGUAUUUGAGUUUGACAAGCAAGUGAAUGCUACUAGAAUUGACCUCCAACAGUCGCCUUGGAAGUACUGCUAUAUGUCAGUUCAUUGGAGUUGCUUAACAUUCCUACUAUGAAACUCAUGUUCCCUCUGAACCAAAGCUUUCUAGUCAAUAAGCCAAUAUUUUCUGAGACUCUGGAUCAGAAAUAUACGAUAUUCUGUUUAACUUUAUUGCGGACAGAUGAUGAGUAUGGCAUCAUUGGACAGAACUUCAUGGUGGGUUAUCGCCUGGUUUUCGACAGGGAAAAUCUGAAGUUUGGUUGGUCCAAUGCCAAUUGUGAAAAUAAUAAUCACGGUAAGAAAGUUAAUCAGGCGCCAUCAACUAACGGGUCAACAAGCCAACUCCCAGUCCCAACCAGUGAGCAACAGAACAUCUCCAACCCUCACACCGUUGCACCGGCCAUUGCCAGGAAGGCACCCUCCAAACCCUCUGCAGCAGCAUCCAGGCAAAUCCCUUUUCUGCUCUGCUUGACCAGUUCUUUACUUUUGCUAAUGUGUCUAUUAAAUCAUUAAUCUUACCUAGUUGAACCCUUUGCACGUGUAAACAAAUUUCUUUAUACUAUUAUCGAGCUCUCCAAAAUUCAAAUGGUUUUUACUAUUCCUGUUGGUUUUUGUAUCAAUGAGCACUGGGAAGAUCUUUUGUUGGUGUAUCUACUUUGAGUUGGUAAUUACCUUUGUUUC